AUGACAGAAAAGGCAAAAACACAUGCUGGAAACAAGACGGAAGCCUUGGAAACAAAACAACAAAAUGUCAAAGAGCAGAUGAAAAAUAGUUUGGUGAUAGUUAAGAUGUCUAGUGGCAAAACAAAACUUGCUAAAGAAAUGAAAAUGCUUGGACCCAUCAAAGGGAAACAUAGAACAAUAAAAGAAACAAAAAUGAAAAAUUUGGGUUGUAAUGAUGUUAGAAGGAUGGUGGGGAGUGAGUGGGAUUUCCACCAAGUUGCGGCGUCUGGAAAGUCAGGAGGCAUCCUUGUUCUGUGGAAACAUAGAAUUGCAUCAUUCAUGGUAAUUGUAACUUCCAAACAGUGUAUUAUUGGUGAACUUAUUACUCCCAAAGGCAAGAUAGUUAAAGUGUGCAUUGUUUAUGGUAACAAAAACUUGUAUGAAAGAAGGAAACUUUGGGAAAUGAUUGAAGAUCAUUUUAAUUGUGAAGUUCCUUGUUUAGUUGGGGGCGAUUUCAAUUGCCUUGUUAACAACAGUGAGAAAAUUGGGGGAAAAAGUUUUGUAUUCUCCCAAGGCCCACAAGAAAUGAAGGAAUUCAUGACCAACAAUGACUACCAUGACAUUGGAUUAUAUGGACCCAACUAUACUUGGUGUAACAACAAAGAUGGACUUGCUAGAAUAUGGGAAAGCUUGAAGAUAAAGCAAGGAAUUACAACAAAGAAUUCAAGUUUGAGAAUAUAUGGUGCUCGAAAUUUUGGAGUCCAAAAUAGAGAAGCUGCUGCUGGAGGCUUGAGCCAGGGAGAUCUAUUGCUACUGAGAAGCAAAGUUGUGGAAUUUAAUGCAAACCUGGCUAGAAUUGCAACUUGGUGGAGACAAAGGUCUAAAUGCCAGUGGAUGGAUGAAGGUGAGAAAAACACAAGAUAUUAUCACACUUAUGCUUCAGCCAAGAAGAAGAGAAAUCAAAUUCUACAAAUUGCUCGGGAGGAUGGAUCGUUGGUUUCAAAUCAUGAAGACAUCCAUAAUAUUAUGGAGAAUUUCUUCAAAAAGAAAUGGUGCAAGCGCAGCUGUAAUUUGAAGAAUUGGCCGAAUUUCAAAAAUUCUGAUUGCAUACAGGUUAAUAUGAGGAAAAUUCUCGAAGCAGGAUUCACUAUUGAGGAGUUGAAGUUAACACUCAAGAAUAUGGGUAAUAACAAAUCUCCUGGAGCUGACGGUGCAAAUGCCUAUUUUUUCAAAAAUUAUUGGAGCAUUGUGGAACGAGCUACAUGGAAUGCUGUUAACAACUUUUUCAAAAUAGGGGAAAUGCUGGAGCAAUGGAAGGAAACUGUGGUAGUGCUGAUUUUGAAAAUACAGAAUGCUAAAGAAUGUUCCAAGUUCCGGCCAAUAUGCCUAUGUCAAACAAUUUACAAGAUGGUUACUAGUAUGAUUCUAAAUAGAUUCAAAAACUGUCUUCUGGGAGUCAUUUCUGAUUUUCAGGGAACGUUUGUAUCGGGCAGGAGUAUUUUAGACAACUGCCUUAUUGCAUAG